CACUCUAAGCAGUGAAUUGACGGUCGCUCUAUUAUCCCUUAGUUAUCGUUGUGUUCCCACUGAGUAGAUACCUACAGUAUAUCAUCGUGUUUUGAUUGUCACGUUUUACUCAUAUUGUUUUUAAAAUAUUUUUUCCCCCUGAUUUAGCGUCAGUUAGGCUGCUUAGCUGCCGACGUUAGCUUGACCAUCUGUUAGCUUGAAGCAGUCAGGAUGAUGAAGAUAAAUAACCGAAGGAGAGAAACGGAUUGACGGGAGCAGGCUGGCUGUGUUUGUGUCUGAAGUAGCAGCUAAAAUGUCAUCGCUGGAGGACCUGAGAUUAAAACCCUCCGUUGAAUCAACCAAAGCUAACGAUGUCCAGCAGCUGAAAGUAAUCAAAGAGGAGCAGGUACACAGUCCCAAACUGGACCAGGAUGACCAGAACCACCCACAGAUUAAAGAAGAGCAGGAGGAAGCUGAGAUUUUUGAGUUCCAAUUUAAUACCGUCAAGAGUGAAGAGGAUGAAGAGAAAUCUGAGUCUACAAAACUUCAUCAAACCCUGACUGAAGAGAAUGGAGACUUUAUGGGACCAGAACCAGAUGAAUGUUCAGAAUCAGAUCAUGAAGAAAAAAGUUCUGGUUCUUCAGAGACGGAUGUCAGCGAUGGAAACUGGGAGGAGAGUGGUGAACCACAGCCAAGUUUAAAAUCAGGUGAUAUAUUCUGUGACAUCGAGUAUAAACUACACACUUGCAGUGAUUGCGGGAAAGCGUUCAGCCGCAGGGAACGUCUGUUGAGACACAGAAAAGUCCACACAGGAGGAAGACCCUUCAGCUGCUCUUUUUGUGAUGCAACUUUUAAAAGAAAGUAUACUUUAGUGCAACACCUGAGAACCCACACAGGUGAGAAACCAUUUAGCUGCUCCAUCUGUGGCCAAAGCUACCGACACAGUGUGGGACUGAGCCGCCACAUGAGGAGCCACACAGGGGAAAAACCAUACACCUGCUCCUUCUGUAAGGCCACCUUCAGAUGGAAAAACACUUUCCUGGAGCACACAAGGAUCCACACAGGGGAAAAACCCUUCAGCUGUGCCGUCUGUAACGCAACAUUCACAUGGAAGAAUUCCUAUGUGGAACACAUGAGAAUUCAUACGGGAGAGAGACCCUACGGCUGCACCCUGUGUGAUGCAUCCUUCAAAAGAAAAUAUACUCUAAAGCAGCACAUGAGAACCCACACGGGUGAGAAACCUUUCAUCUGCUCCAUCUGCAGUCAGAGUUAUCGACACAACGCGGGUUUGAAUCGUCAUAUGAGGAGUCACACAGGGGAGAAACCUUACACCUGCACCGUGUGCAAGGCUGCUUUUAAAUGGAAGAACGCUCUGAUGGAGCACACAAGAAUCCACACAGGAGAAAAACCUUUCAACUGCUCUGUCUGUGCAGCAGCUUUUAGGAGGAAACAGGAUUUUGUGAACCACACACGAGUUCACAGCGGAGAAAAAGCCUUUAGUUGUUCCGUUUGUGGUCAAGGAUUCAGCAAAACCUUAUAUUUAAAUUCUCACAUGAGAAUUCAUGAAGGACAGGAACCGUUGUGCUCUGCUGUCUGAUUACUAAAAAAAUUACCUUAAAUGUGUUCGAAGCAGGAGAUGAGACUAUUUAAAAAGUAAAAAACCUAAAAAAUUUUGCUUUAACAUUGUAGAAAGAAGCAAAACCACUGGCUGUGGGGACUUUAUUAAAGUGGCAUGGAUUUAUUGAUGUUCAUAAAAAAAUUCAACUUUUUUGGUAUUUGGACGUAGUGAGUUUUAAAAAAAUUAAAUCUCGAUCAGGGAUAUGAAACUCCAGUCCUUCAGCUAAGGUACUUUUUUUAACACCCUUAUCACAUAAUUAAAUUGUUAGCUGGACUCUGUAGAACUGGAAGAUGACAGAUGUUCCCUCAAACUGGACAUUAAACAUACAGGAAUUAGGAUGCAAUUCCUUCUUGUGAAAGUUUUUCUCAUUCAGUUUCAAUUCAUAGCUUAGCUUCAUCCUAAUUUAUCAAAUUAGAAUAAAAAGUUAUUUUAGACUAAAACAUGAUUCAAUAAGCUGUACUAAAUCAUGAGCUUUGUUGGGCCCCGAUGAUUCAGUGCAUUGAAUUGCACCAGAUCAUUGCCUUCUCUGUGUGAAAUCACUGAUGUGCUAUUUGUUGAAGCAUCGCAUCGUUCCAAAUUCAUCAGUUUUACUUCAUGUUUGUGCCAAGAACAAAACUGUGGAACGCAUUUCUAAUGUGAAAUAAACCGGAGCUUUAUAUUGCGAACAUUUGAGUUAAUGUAAUGUUUUUAAGCUACUUUUAAGUCUUUUUUAAGGAGGUAAAUCAAUGACGAAAACCACCACAAGAAGUCACCUUUGUAAGCUGCCUCAAAGCAUGUAGAGAGCACAACAAAGGUGAAAGAUUAAGGUGUUCUGGUCUUUUUUUACCAGAACUUUUCUUUUACCUGCAAUCAACAGUAUGUAUGGAGGAAAACUACGGCUACUUCUCUGAAAACUAAGAUCCAUGUGGUGGAAAAUGGUGGUGGGAUCAUCAUGCUGUUGGGGAGCUUUUCAUCAGCAGGAAGAUGACUAGAGCUAAGUACAGAUUUAUGAUUUAUUUUAUUUAAAACAGGGACAGUAUUAACCACUGCAGCAGGUUACAGCCCUAAGUGCCAAUUUCCGCCUGUAGUCACGGAUCCAGCUGAUACAAUUUCUAAAAAGAAAAAAAAUACGUGAAAACAUCUGGAUGCUAUUCAGUUUAUAUCAAAAG